AUGCAAAAAGUAAAUUCUUUUGCACAGUGUUCAUUCUUCUUCAGAUUGUGGUGGGUAGGGUAAUGAGUGGAACAACUUCUUUGAAUAUGUAACUUGUGAUGAGGUUGACGUGGCUGAUACAAGUACUUAUUUUAAUAUGUUUGUGAACUCAUAAUUCUCAGGUUCAAGAUGAAGUGAUGGUGGCUUAAUCUCUUACUUUCAACCUUUGGGAUAGUUUUUUUCUUAACCUUGUUCCAGAAAGUGUGAAAGUCAGUUAUUGUUUCCUUUAUUUGUCGGCAAUAGCAGUACAUGUUGAAGUAGAUAUGUCAAUGUAACUCAUUAUCAUCCAAGUGACUCAAAUGUUUACUGUUUGUGAGGAUCCUGCUAGAGUUGCUUCUACUUCUAAGGAGAUAUGAUCUAGAUUAGAGUCAUUCUCAACGUGUCCGAAAGAAAUGAAUAAUUAGCACAGAAGCUUAAUUUUUUCCCACUGUCUCCAAUGACAAAGUGGGAAAAAUCUCAUUAUUGGCUUAUAAGGAGAGGGUCAUUAUGGUGAUAAUGCUGCUCACAUGUACCACCAAGGCUAUGGUUAUUCACCAUGUGGAAUAUAUCCCUCAGCAGGUGAUGGUCAAUUGCAAGGGCUCCAGCAAUAUCAGUAUCCAAGUCCUUAUUACCCACCUUAUGCUCCUCAGGGUGUGGGUUCAACCUCAGUGACGGCUGAAACAAAUAAAGGGAGCUUUGGUGCUGUAGCAAACGGUUCCAGUGUUAAUGGGAAUAAUGGGUCAAAGCCACUAAAGCCAAGUUACCAGAACUCAAAUAUAGAUCCAAAUGGUUCUUAUAGAAGGGGAGGCUUGUCAACAGCAGUUCCUUCAAGUUAUCAUGAUCCUAGAUAUAGUUUUGACGGAAUUCAUUCCCCAACUGCUUGGUAUGAUUCCUUGGUAUUUUCAUCUGGUGUUCAGUCCAAACAUGCUGCAAAUGCUGGGUUUAAUCCAUCUCAUUCCAACGGUGGGAGGAAUCAGAAUCAUCAUUCUCAACUACAUCUAACGAAUCUGCACCAUGCAAGACCAACAUCAGGCUUCAGUGAAACAUAUGAUUAUAUGAAUCCAUUGUUUGUAAACAACACAAUGUAUGGCCAUUAUGGAAACACAUAUAGAACUGGCUCUGGUUUUGGAUCCUUUGGCUAUGAUUCAUGGAUGGGAGGGCGUGGAUGGUAUACUGUCGACAGUAAGUACAAACCUAGGGGCUGUACUUAUGGUGCAUCUGGCUCAGGUAAAGAAAAUGGGGAUGGUUUAAAUGAACUGAAUAAGGGACCAAGGGCCAAGGGCUUUAAGAACCAAGAGGGGUUUGAUCCCAUUACACUAGCAGUUAAAGGACAGAACCUUACAUCUACUCAGAGCAAGGUAAAGGAUAGUCCACCUGUUGUUCUGGACAAGGAGAAAUACAAUGGAGAGGAUUUUCCUGUUGAGAGUUAUGUAGAUGCAAAAUUCUAUGUAAUAAAAUCCUACAGUGAGGAUGAUGUUCAUAAAAGCGUUAAAUAUAAUAUGUGGACCAGCACACCCAACGGCAAUAAAAAGCUUGAUGCGGCAUAUCGUGAAGCAAAGGAGAAGUCCAGUGACUGUCCAGUAUUUCUCCUUUUUUCUGUCAAUGCCAGUGGGCAAUUUGUUGGUUUAGCAGAGAUGGCUGGUCCUGUUGAUUUUGACAAAACUGUGGAGUACUGGCAACAGGAUAAGUGGAUUGGUUGCUUCCCUCUGAAGUGGCAUAUCAUUAAGGAUAUACCAAAUAGUUCAUUGAGACACAUAACACUUGAAAAUAAUGAGAACAAGCCUGUUACUAAUAGUAGGGACACUCAGGAGGUUAAUUUUGAGCAAGGCAUUGAAAUUCUGAAAAUUUUUAAGUCUCAUUUGAGCAAGAGAUGCAUCUUGGAUGAUUUUGGGUUUUAUGAAUCUCGUGAGAAGAUUCUGCAGGAGAAAAAAGCCAAGCAAAACCAGUUACCAAAAGAGGUAUUAGAUGGAAAACCUGACAAAGUUGUAAUAGUAAAAGAUAACGUGCAAAAGUCUGUAGAUGAAGCAUCGAUAAAGGACACAGUGGUUACAACAGCAACACCAGUGGAGGCGGCAAAUGGAAAGAUGACUAAGUUAGAAGAGGACAAAUCUGUUGCAGCAGUUGAAGACGCAGCUAACAAAGGUUCUAAAUCAGCUGUUACAUCGUGUGGCAAGACAGGUUCUCCAAACGGGGUAGCAAGCGCUUGCUAAUUGUUUCCUUGGACUGUUUCUUUGAAUUAGGAUAGAAUUUGAGUUGGUUAAUUCCAUGACAUGAUUUACAAGUUAGCUGUUGUUUCAUAAGGGUUGUAGGCUCCUCAGCUUUCUUAUACAUAGUUAUUGUGAGAAAGGAAGAGUGCUCCAAAACCUAACAAUCACAUAGUAUGUUUUUUCUUUUCUAUUUGGAAACCAUUUUGUUCUUGCUGUUUCAGUUGUUCAGUUGUUAAAUUUUAGUAUAAAUUCAAGUUUCCUCAUAAUAAAGAAAGAUCUUCCA